AUGCAAAGAACAAGCAUCUAUUACCUUCUUACUUUUAAUUAUGUAAUAUUGAAUUCAGUUAUUCCACUCGCUUUUUCUUUGCUCAAUACAAGAGCACAAUGCCAACUAAGACCCAAAACUGGAGGGUUUUGGAUUGAAGUUUUUCCAUUUUUAGUAGAUAGGGAAGGUUACAACUCUUUUCGGCGGCACUUUCGUAUUAAUUUAGCUACUUUCCAAGCUAUUGUGGCUUAUUUAGAAACUCAUCCACGGCUAGCAAAUGGGGUUGAAAUACGAAUGCUAGAGCAAACAUUAGGCGUAAGCCAAGGAUCUGUAAGCCACUUUACAGACCGAUUUUUAAAGGCAUUACUAGAUUUGGAAAACGAUCUAAUUGCAUGGCCACAAGGAUCACGAUUUGAAAAUAGUGAAGCCGAAUUUGGAAAUCCUAAAUUACCAAAUGUUAUUGGCGCAAUGGAUGGAUCUCAUAUACCCAUUCAUCCACCUUCUGAAAAUGGUGUACGAUAUGUUAAUCAUAAAAAUUUUCAUUCUAUAAAUCUUCUGGCAGUUGUUGAUCACGAAGGGUGCUUUACAUAUAUACAUGCUGAAAGUGUACACGAUGCUCGUGUGUUUUAUUGUUCUUCUCUUUUUCAUGAAAUUUCAUCGAAUGCUGAAUUGUGGGUUCCGGGUGGUACUUACAUUAUCACUGAUACAGCAUAUCCUCUUUGA